AUGCGCCGACGACUGAAGUGUGCCCACGGGGGUCCCAACCCGAGCAGCCUCUACAAUAUCCCCCACGUGGCGGGGGAAGCGCUUCGCGAGGAAACGCCGUCGGCCAGCCAGGAGUCCGGCCAACAGAGAGGCGCUGCGCGGAGAAGCCCGGGACUUGACGAGGGGUGCGGAACUGAGCCCGCACCUCCCGCGCGGGCUGAUAUUCGCGCAACGUCGGCGCGCGCAGAGGAGCCACCUGGCCAGGGUCCGCGGCGAAGGGAGGGCCGUUGGUCACCUCAAUGUGUACGUGAGUCGGCUCUCCACUCGCCCGCGCCUGACGCACAACCUCCGCAAACGCACUCGUGGCCUGAUCUAGAGCAGGAUCCUGCCCGCGACCGUUUCCGCCAUGCCCACCGCCAUUCCGCCGGCCCCGUCGGCCUCCGGAACCAGCCGAAUGCGGGCGCGGAGGGGACUGCUCGCGACGACCCGAAUCCCAGCGACGCCCAGGUGACCCCCUCCCCCGCGUCGCCGGAGAUCGCCGCGGAGAGCGUUGCGCGGGGAAUCGCGCUCGGGGUGAGCGCUGGCCUGCCCGACCACGAGGAGAUGGGCGGCGAGGUGAACGAGGACGUGCAGGGGACCGCUGAUCGGCCUCUCUGCGCUGAUGAGUCUCGCGAUGCUCAGGAGAAGGUCGGCGAGGAGAGGGCUGCCGCGGAGGCUGACGCGGAGGCGAGCGCCCGCGCUCCUGCCGUGGCUGUCCGUCCGGGCGGUUCGACGCAACACGUGCAGGGGCCCACGAAUACUCCGGCGAGGUGGGGCGCGCAGCAGGCCGAUGGGGAAGAGUUAGCACCCGCUCGAAGCGGCGGACGGGCUCGCUUGCAGAGGGGUGCGCAGGGACACGCGGGCGAAGCCCGGCAGGCGCAGGCUCCGGCAGCGCGCUCUCCGCGGAACCCUCGAGCUCCGGAUCCCGUCUUGCGGAUGGAUCCAUCACCCCCGACAGCACCGCAGCCGAUGCCAGCGCGCCGACCAAUUGAGGACGCGGCGAACGAGGCGCCCCAGACAGGGCACGCGGGAGCUGCGGGUGGAAGAGGAACGCGGGGAAUACGCGUGGGACGCGGCGGCAACCGCCGCGGACGCCGUGGGAACGGGAGAGGACGAAGAGGUGGAGGAGCACGAGGCUCAAAUCGGUGCCGCACCGGCGCAAGCGGAUACGCGAGAACUGCAGAAAGGCUAGUGCGUGAAGGCGCGGAAGGCGGCGAGGAGGUGCCCAGCGAGGAGGCAGAGGACGAUGUCGAGAAUGAAGAAAGCGAGGGGGGUGACCCUGCUUUUAACCUAGAAAGAGAGGGGAUGUUAGAAGCAGAGGCCGAGGAGGACGAGGAAGAGUUGGAGCUGCUGCGGGAAGCGGAGUUCCCAAACCAGCAGGCCAGAGGCGAACCUGCAAACCGAACCUCAGUGUUGGAAGCCCUCGCGGCGAGACAUCCAUCUGCCAGCCAACUACUCCCUGACUGGCUCCACACCGCCACGGCGGAAGACCCGCCUACUAUCGAAGCCCGCGACUUCAGGCGCCUCCUCGCCAAGCUCCCCAACGGAGUCGGGGCCGGCCCCUCAGGAACCACUUUCGAGCACAUCCGCGACGCAGCCCUAGGAAAUGCCGAAGUACUCACCCACCUCCUCGCCCUCUCCAACACGGCUCUAGCAGGAAAACUCCCAACAGUCGCGGGGGAUCUACUCACGGCCUCCCGCCUGCUAGCCUUUACGAAACCCCAAGGAGGGACGCGGCCGAUAGCGGUGGGGGAGUGUCUCCUCCGGAUUAUAGCAAAGGCCGCCCUCUUCCUGACCGCGCCGGCCGCCCGUACUCACUUUGCUCCCCUUCAGUUCGGAGUAGCAGUAGCAGGGGGGAUCGAAGCGGCUAUCCACACCGCUCGCACCCCGGUUGGCACACCCCGGGGCUGCGCGGGCGCUGUGAGAGAGAGAUUGGCAGUAGCAGCAUCCCCACUCCCCCUGCUGGCCCAGAUGGACCCCCAGCUUAGUCUCCUCCUCCUCACCCGCUGUGUCAGCCGCCGAGCUUCCUUUCUGGCCAGAACCACCCCCCUGGAAGCUCUCCCUGAAGCGGAAUGGUCUGCUUGGGGGGAGCAGCUUCUACACACCUUCCUGGACUCGGCCCAUAUCAUGAGGCCGAGGAGUGCCCGGGAGAGGCGGAGGAUUUGGCGGCAGGCGGCCCUGCCAGUGACUCUGGGAGGUCUGGGCAUCACUGACCCCGCCGUUGAAGGCAGCUACGCUUACCUCGCUUCAGUGAUCAGCGCCGCCCACCUACUACACUCUCUGGAGGACUCGUUGCACCCUGCUGUCGCCGCGCUCCUCCCCCUACUGGACCCUACCCACGGCUCCCCGCACGCGCUGCCUGCACGCCUCGCUGCGGCUGAGGCAGCUCUCCCACCCGAGGCUCUCGAGGCGACUGCUGGCGAGACGGGCCCCGCUGACGCUGGCGGUCACGGGAACGGACCACGCGACGAGGAGAGUCGAGCAGUGGACGCUUCGAGGGACGUGGCGAACGCGGAGGCGAUCGAGGACGGGACGAUUGGCGUACGGGCGAACGGUGACGAGAAUGACGGCGAGCGGGCGAUCGGUGGCGGUGUGACCGGCGAUCACGCGAACAACUCCGUGACGCCACGUGACGAGGCGAACGCGGCAAUCGCGGGCCAGCGUGAAGACCUUCCUUGCGGCUCCCCCGCCUAUUGUCGUGAAUCACUAACGAACGUCGGCGAAGGGAAUGCUCCUGGUGCGCCGCAUCCACUCCGUCGGAGCGCUCGGCGGACGCCGCGCGAGCAGGCUCCGGCUGAGGCAGGGACCGGCCCCCGCGCGAGGCCAGAGCGUGCUGCUGAUCUUCGAAACGGAGGCGGAUCCGAUCCGCAGACGCUGACGGCGCGACAGGCACGCUCGCGGCAGGGCGCGCAGGAGGAAGCGGGCGAGGAGCAGGAUCGCUCUCCGCGGUUCGCCCCAAGGCAGGAGCCUCAGGGGAACUCAUCGGUACGUCGGGAGGAGGGCGCGCGGACACUCGGCGACCGACAAGUUGGCGGAAGAACAGCAGGCCGCGGAAGGGGAGCUGCGGGACGCAGGGGGAGAGCACGCGGAGGUGGACCAGAAAACGUGUAUCAGCAGGCGGGGCGGCGGGCUUUAAACGAGAUGAGCGGCGAUGAUGAAACCACCACUUCAGACAGUAGCUUUGUAGCUGCCGAGUCCACGGACUCGACUUCAAGCUCUGAGUCCUUGGACGACGAGCAGUUUCAGACUCCUGCUUGA